CGCUGACCUCAAAGAAGCCCCUCCCCGCUGCUCCGGGAACGAAUAUUAAUAAGCGGAAGCGGAAGCGUCGCCAUUUUAUCGCGGCGGAGGGAGAAAAUCGGCGGAGGGACCGGAGGGAUUGGGAGACGGACACAGAUGCUAUGAAGUGAGACAAAGUGCCAUCAAAUUUAUGGACCCUAUACAGAUUACAGAGGAAGAGAUUUUGCUGUCCUGGGGCAAAAGUCCCCAGGGCCUGAUCGUGUGUUCCCUUGAACCCUGUGGGAGGCAAGUGCAGAAAUUGCCAGACCCCUAGCAGAGAUAUUUAAAUCAUCCUUAGCGACAGCUCCACCGCUGACGAAGAUGCCGCAUGGGCUCAGCUCCAGCCAACUGUUGACAAGUAGUUGGUGAUUUGCCCUCACCCCCCCACCCCCCUCCCUCGUUCCCCACCACCUGAGGGUAGCUGUCCUCUGCCUCUCUCCCCUCACUCUCCCCCCCCCCCCCGCCCCACACCCUCUCCCUCCUCGUUCCCUUCUCCAUCGGCAGCUGCUUCUCCCUUGCCCCCUCCAGCUCGCCAAGAUGUCAACCUCUUCCCUCCGGCGUCAGGUGAAGAACAUAGUCCACAACUACUCUGAGGCAGAGAUCAAGGUGAGGGAGGCAACCUCGAAUGACCCUUGGGGCCCCUCCAGCUCCCUCAUGUGCGAGAUCUCCGAUCUGACCUACAAUGUGGCGGCCUUCACCGAGAUCAUGGGGAUGGUGUGGAGGCGGCUGAACGACCACGGCAAGAACUGGCGGCACGUUUACAAGGCGCUGACGCUAGCCGAGUACCUGGUGAAGACCGGUUCUGAGCGGGUGGCCCAGCAGUGCCGCGAGAACAUAUAUGCGGUGCAGACCCUGAAAGACUUCCAGUACAUUGACCGCGACGGCAAAGACCAGGGCGUCAAUGUGCGGGAGAAGGCCAAGCAGCUGGUGGCCCUUCUGAAGGAUGAGGAGAAACUGAAGGAGGAAAGGGCACACGCCCUCAAGACCAAGGAGAAGCUGGCACAGGCUGCCACGGCCAGUUCCUCUGCGCCAUCGGCCCCCUCAGCCACCCUACGUGGGCCGCCAGACAUGGACCAGGCCUGGCCACAGAGCUCGGGCGAAGAGGAGCUUCAGCUUCAGCUGGCCUUGGCCAUGAGCAAGGAGGAGGCCGAGCAGAGAUCACCUCCAGUCCAUGGCGAAGAUUUACAAAUGCAGCUGGCUCUCAGCCUUAGCAAGGAGGAACAUGACAAGGUAAUGGGACAGUGUGGAGGGAGAUUCACUCUGUGUCUGACCCCGGGAGUGUGUGAUGGGACGGAGUGGAGGGAGAUUCACUGUGUGUCUGACCCCGGGAGUGUGUGAUGGGACAGUGUGGAG